GUGUUAAAGAGUCGUGUCCGGAAUUACCAAAAGUCUUCUAAUGUGCUUUUAAAGAAGUCCUGAAGUUUUUGGCACCAAUUCCUUGAAGUGAAGUUUCCCGGAAAUCCCAGGAGAAACUUUCGCGGAGUGUGUUUUCCUUCGCAAUUCCGCGUCUCUUUCCCAGUUGGGGAUUUGGGGAAUUGCAAUUUGGUUUGAAUUGAAUCUCAGGACCUAGGUCUUCAACGUCUCCACGCGCCAAAAAAACUCGUCUAUACAUUCAUAGAUCCAAACAUAUAUAUAGGUUGUGUCUUUUUUGCGAGAGAAAGAUCACACUGGAGUCGUAGCGAAUCGUAGAGAUCACAAAGUUCAGAGAGAGAGAGAGAGAAUGGCUGAGAGAGUAUCUACGGCCGCCAAACAGGCAGAACGACUUAAGAUAGAUGGAAACAGUUGCUUCAAGAAAGAACGAUUCGGUGCCGCCAUUGAUGCUUAUACUGAGGCAAUCACCUUGUGCCCUAAUGUUCCCGUGUAUUGGACAAAUCGCGCUAUAUGCCAUCACAAGCGCAAUGAUUGGGCCAGAGUUGAGGAGGAUUCUAGAAGAGCCAUUCAGCUUGAUCACAAUUCCGUCAAGGGCCACUACAUGCUAGGGCUUGCAUUCCUACAGAGAGGUGAAAAUACUGAAGGAAUCAAGGAAUUGGAAAGAGCUUUGGACCUUGGGAGAGCUGCAAACCAGAACAGUGGUAGCAUAGAGUUGAUCUGGCAGGAGUUUGCAAAAGCCAAAUACCGGGAAUGGGAGCUUGAAUCUACCAAGCGCAUGUGGAACUUGCAAACCUUGAAAGAAGCUUGUGAGUUUGCUCUCGAAGAGAAACUUUUUCUUGAUACUUGUCCGUUGGAAGGGUUUUCAUAUGAAGCCACUAUUGCACAUUCAGCACAGUUAGAGCUUCUAAGGAAAGUCUUUACGAAAGCUGCAGAAGAUGAUACAACAACAGAGGUGCCAGAUUACCUGCGUUGUAGUAUUACAUUUGAUAUAUUCCGUGAUCCUGUCAUUACUCCUAGUGGCGUUACAUACGAGAGGGCAGUUAUCCUUGACCAUCUCCGGAGGGGGAAAAACUUUGAUCCAUUCACUCGGAAACCUCUUUAUGAACCUGAGCUGAUACCGAAUUUGGCUAUAAAAGCAGCAGUCCAAGCCUUUCUGGACAAGCAUGGUUGGGCAUACACGACGGAUUGAUUUUUUUGAGAACUUGGGACGGUUGUGAUCAUUUAGCCCAGUGUCUCAUCAAGAAAUCAGAGUUACGUACCAUGUAUCAGUUUUACGGACGAAAAUUCUCAUUUUGGUGCUUUAGCAGUCAUUGGUGCUAUAAGUAAUCUUCAUAAAUAAGCCUGUAUGUGAGGUCCCGCUAGUCGCAUCGAAUUGUGCACAUCGAAUUGUACAAGGCAAUUUCUACAGCCUUUGGAAUUUUGUACGCUUUGACAGCGGAUUUUCCAAAUGGGAUUGAAGAAAUGUAAAAAGAGGAUGAAAAGGAAAAAAGGAUAAAGUUCA